AUGGUUCCUAAUCCCAACCAAAAAAGUCUCCAAGCCCAGAUUGAGGCACCAAAGUUCGCAGAGGUUACAUGGUACAAAGAUGCAGGUCUAAGGAAACUCUAUGGCCUCUGUGCAAUCAUUAUCUUGAGUUCUGCAACAACUGGUUUCGAUGGGUCUAUGAUGAACGGUUUACAGAUGGUCCCUGCGUGGCAGGACUUCUUUAACCAUCCUAGCGGAUCAAUCCUCGGGCUCUUCAAUGCCAUCAUGGGUAUUGGGUCUAUCUGUGGUCUUCCAUUUGCGCCCUACAUUUCCGAUUUUCUAGGUCGUCGUCUUGCCAUCUGUACUGGAAUCUUCUUCAUGAUGCUCGGUAUUGCCGUCCAAACAGCUUCUCAGAACUUUGGCAUGUUCGUUUGCUCCCGAUUCUUCAUCGGAUUCGGCUGCUCUAUCUCCCAAGCUUCUGCUCCCCUUCUUCUCACAGAGAUCUGCCAUCCCCAACACAGAGGUAGAGUCACUGCUGUCUACAACACGACCUGGCACAUUGGAGCUAUCAUUGCCACCUGGGUGACCUACGGAACCUUCAAGAUGGAGAGCGAUUGGUCAUGGCGAUCCCCAUCUAUUAUGCAAGCUCUUCCUUCAGUGAUCCAGCUCACCUGUCUCUGGAUGGUCCCCGAGUCACCACGUUGGCUCCUAUCCAAGGACAAGCCUGAGCAGGCCCUGAAUGUCCUAGCUAGAUAUCACGCCAACGGUGACACCCAGGACCCACUUGUCCAGUUCCAGUACCAGGAAAUCAAGCACACGAUUGAGAUGGAGCAGAGUGUUAGCAAGAACACCGGAUGGUCAGAACUGUUUGCCACUAAGGGUAACCGCCACAGAAUGAUUCUGAUCAUGACUGCUGGUCUUUUCUCCCAAUGGUCUGGUAACGGUCUCGUCUCAUACUACUUUGGUGUUGUCAUGAAUACCAUCGGCAUCACAGAUGCAGACACACAAUUCAAGAUCAACGGAGGGUUGUCUAUCUGGAACUGGAUCGUUGCCGUCUCCUUUGCGUUCUCCGUAGAUAGGUUUGGACGUCGCCCCUUGUUCUUGGCCUCCACGUCCGGUAUGCUGGUUGCAUUCAUCGUAUGGACCAUCUGUUCAGCCCAGUACGCGCUCCAUGAAUCCAAGGCUGCAGGCCAGGCAGUUGUGGCCAUGAUCUUUAUCUAUAACACUACCUACAACUUCGCCUGGUCCGGAUUGUUGGUUGCCUACUCGGUAGAGAUUCUCCCGUACAGCAUCCGUGCUAAGGGUCUCAUGUUGAUGAAUCUCUGUGUCCAAAUUGCUCUCGUGUUCAACCAGUAUGUCAACCCUGUUGCCCUUGAAAGAAUCGGCUGGAAAUACUACAUCUUUUACUGUGUCUGGAUCGGGUUCGAGUUGAUCGUUGUCUACUUCUACUACGUCGAGACCAAGGGACCAACGCUCGAGGAGAUCGCAAAGAUCUUUGACGGUGAUGAUGCAAAGGUUGCAAGGGUCUAUGUAAAGGAAACGGGCGAGGUCCUGUCAGAUCUGACCCCUGUUCAGAGCUAUUCCGGUGAGAAGGGGACUUCUCAGGUGGUAGAGAGGCCGUCGGAUGCGCAUGUUUGA